GGCGGUAGUGGGGUGAGGGGGGAAGGGGAGGGCCGUGUGGUAGCGGUGAUGGUGGUUUUUUUGGGGACUGGAAAUCCAGUGAAGAAGAAGCAGCUUGGUUUCUGAGACUGUUUGUUGCCCGGUGAGAUCCAAGUAAUGUGCUCAAACACUUGGACAGGCAGACUACUCACAACUGGACAUUGCUGAUGUUGAUGAUAAGCCCUAGGAUGACAACAGCACAAGAAAAGCAGUUUCCUCCGUCGCUGCAGAACUUUUUCAUUUACAAUCCAAAACUGGGACCAAGGGAAGGUGAGGAAGAGAAAAAGAUCCUCUUUUAUCACCCUACUGAGGUUGAGAAGAAUGAAAAAAUUAGGAAUGUUGGAUUGUGUGAAGCAAUUGUUCAGUUCACAAGGACCUUCUGUCCCACCAAACCUGCAAAAUCCUUACACACCCAGAAGAAUCGACAGUUUUUCCAUGAACCGGAGGAGAGUUUCUGGAUGGUUAUGGUAGUAUCUAAUCCUAUUAUUGAAAGGGUUAAUAAAGAUGGAAGCACUGUUGUGGAAUACCAGGAGGAUGAAUUACUGGAUACGGUCUACGGGGCUGUGAUACAGCAGUGCUACAGUAUGUACAAACUUUUCAACGGCACCUUUGCAAGAUCCAUGGAGUUGGGAGGUGUGGAACUGCUGAUUCAGAAGCUGGAGAAGUUUUUCUUCAGGUACCUGCAAACAUUGCACUUACAGUCACGUGAUUUGCUGGACGUGUUUGGGGGAAUCAGCUUCUUCCCUUUGGAUAAAAUGACGUACCUGAAAAUCCAGUCGUUUGUCAACAGGAUGGAGGAGAAUCUGAGUCUAGUGAAGUACACUGCGUUUCUGUACAACGACCAGCUCAUCUGGAGUGGACUUGAACAAGAUGAUAUGAGAAUCCUCUACAAGUAUCUCACAACCUCACUCUUCCCCAGACACAUGGAGCCUGAGUUGAUAGGUCGAGAUUCGCCGGGGAGAGGAGGAAUGACGGGAAACCUCCAUCACUAUGGAAGGUUUCUGACUGGCCCGAGUAAUAUAAAUGAUCCGGAAAUCCCAAUAAGAUUCCCCAGAAUCUUUGUGAACACUAAAGAUAAGUACGAGGAGUUGCACCUGAUUGUCUACAAGGCCAUGAGUGCCGCAGUUUGUUUUAUGAUCGAUGCCUCAGUGGAGAUGACGAGGGAAUUUUGCCAGAAGCUAGACAGCCUUGUGGGCCCACAGCUCACUCUGCUGGCGUCUGACAUCUGCGAGCAAUUCAACACCAACAAACGUCUGUCAGGGCCUGAAAAGGAACCACAUUUCAAAUUCAUAUACUUCAAUCACAUGAACCUGGCUGAGAAAACCACAAUUCACAUGCGUAAAACAGCCAGCAUGUGCCUGACCUCAGUCCACCCAGAUCUUAUGAAGAUCCUGGGAGAUAUUAACAGUGACUUCUCAAGAGCGGACGAGGACGAAGAGAUCAUAGUGAAGGCAAUGACAGAUUACUGGGUCGUCGGCAAAAGAUCGGACCAGCGGGAGCUUUACGUCAUCUUGAAUCAGAAAAAUGCCAAUUUGAUUGAAGUGAACGAGGAAGUCAAGAAACUUUGUGCGACUCAGUUCAAUAACAUUUUCUUCUUGGAUUAAUGAUUGCUGAGAUUGCCGCUUGUAACCACGUCUACAGAUGGAAUGUGAGUUUCCUGCUUAGUCAGAUAUAUAAGGUUAACUGCGUGACGUUAAAUGGGACACGAGGCUCCUUUAGCUCUAGACUGCGAGGUCAUCGGGCUGAUAAUAAACCAGCCUUCAGCAAGAAGCCCCAGCUACACCCAGGAAUUUGCAGCGGCUGAUAUAGGAAAUCCUCAUGGAAUGUAAAAUAAUGUUAAGAUUUUAAAUAUUUAUCAUAAUUAAUAGAGAAACGGAAUUAAAGAACGUCAACUUUAUCCACUCCACUCCUGUAAUUUAUGACAAACUUGUACUGUAAAAUAAAUUUACAGUAACGCUUGAGUGAGAUUUUUAAUUCAUUUCCGUGUACGUGUGUGUAUUUGGGUUUAUUUAUGCAUUAACCCUCAAUACAUGGGUUAGAAAUUUUCAAUUCUUGAAGGCAAGAUGUAAAUAAGUCUUUUUACAUGAUAUGAAUUAUUUGUCCACUUAAAAGAUAUGGAUUUUGAUUUAGGUGUUAUUCUGUAUUUAUGAUUCUGUAAUAGUUUCAACAACAGUACAUAAAGGUGGUUGCAGUAAAUUGGUAAACUUUUCAUGAUUUCUUGAAAUCAAGACUGCAUUUUAGUAUUGCAUGCAUAAUGUUUACUAAUUUUGCAUGUAAAACUUGACGGAUUAUCUGUAUUUUUUACUCCCGAUACUCCGUUUAUGUGAUCCGUAAAGAAACUGACCAUUAACAAAGCCGUACAGUUUCUAGAUUCGUAUUUGAUACUAUUUUUCAAAAAAAAAUAUUUUCUCACAAAAAAGCCAGGAAAUAGUUUGCAUUUUUUAAAAAUCUUUGCACACGAAACAGGCAGCUGAAUAAUAUAGUUCCUAUCACAGCUUUAAAUAAAUGAGUUUCAUGGUCAGACUGCUGCUGGUCCUUAUAGCGUUUGUUGUAUUUUGCCAAUUAUAUCAGGGCUUAUUCAGCUCCUCGUGAAUAACACAAUUUCUCUCAAAGGCUCACCUGAGCAGUUCCAUUACUAUGACAACCUGCCCAUAAUAUUGGACCCAUAGAGACCCAGGUUCAAUCACUGGUUGGACUUAGCUGAUCUUAGCUGUGGUCCUAUACUUGACCACAAUGCCCCUGUGAGAAGGAGGGGAUCAAUCCUACUGUUUUUCACUCUUUCCUCACAUACACACUCACAAAGUAGAAGUAUGAGAACAGGACCAGGCUUGGCUGCAAUUCCCCCCCCCCCACAAACAAUCCAAAACAGUUGCAUUGGGUAAAAAUAUCUAAUCUCUCCCUUUGUUUAGGUGAUAAUCUUUAUUGCCCUUUACCGUACUUACUGAUUUAGUCCAGUGGAAAUAGUUAUUCCCUCUACCUCAAAAACUCUGAUGGAACACCUACAUCAGGUCUCCUCAAUCUUCUGGUGAAAAUUGCUCCAGUGUCUCUACUCACAGAAAUGAAGUCUCUCAUCUUUGGUAUCCUUGUGAAUCUCCUCCAUGGUUUUGCCAGCUUUAAUAAAGUCAGGGAGCAAGCCAGAGGGGAGCCGAUGUAAAAUAAACCUCAUCCUUAAAUAAUGUUUCUUAAGGUGUAAGAAAUGUGCUACCUGUAAAUUUUGAACAUUUUAUUAAUCACCAAAUGUGAGUUUUACCAUCGCCAAAGCCCUGAUGAAUACUGCAAACAAAUAAGUGUUCCACCUGUUAACUGUUAUUCUUUCUCUUCCUCAUUUCUCCGAAGGUUUGUGUGGGAAAGCUCAGUGCUGAUUUAUAAUUGUGACGAUGCAUAUUUUGAAAUAAAAUGUGUCUGCACUA